AUGAAUAAGCAAAGCGUCCUUGAGAUUUUUGAACAAAUAAGCGACAGCGUCAUCUCUUUCUUAGAAAACCAUCCAGGGGUCACUGAAGUAGAAUUUAAUGAACGGCAAGGCGUUGCUGAAGUUUUGCUUUCAAAUUGGGAAGAAGAAAACGCCCCCUAUACAUUGCCAGAUGAUAUAAAAAGUUUUUUGCAGAUUUCAGACGGACUGCUGCUACAAUGGAAAAUCAGAAUGAACUCGCAGACUCAGCCGCUAGGACAAAUGCAUGUAAAUAAACUGCAUGAUAUCAAGCCUUUCCCUAUGAAACAAUAUAUUCUACGUAGCCUUGGAGAUGAUCCACCUUUCCCUGACUCCCCCCUCCGUGAGUGAACAAAACCAGUAGAAAAAAUCCCCUAUUUUUUGCCCAAAAGCCCAACUCCAUGAGUGAACAAAAAUUUUUUUAAUAGAAAAUUUUUUUUAUGAAAAAAGAAAUUGAUAUAUAAGUGAUAAUUAGUAUAAUGAAAUCUCGAGCUAAUUCUGUUUAAUUUUAACGAAUUGCGUUUUAAAAAAAAAUUUAAUAAUUAAAUCAAUAUUUGCUUUCCAAUUUUUGCAAAUUAGGAUUUUUUUAAAAUUUCGAAAAAAAAAUUUUUCUAUAAUAUUUUCUAUAUAAAUUUUUUAAAAAAAAAAAUUAACUCCCCUCCAUGAGUGAACAAAAUUUUUUUGUUCACUCACGGAGAGGGGGGGAGUGACCAAAAUGACCUAUCUGAUAUAAAAGUCUUUGAUUUAGACAAAAAUGUAAAGGAUGGCAGACUGGGGCUUGUGUAUAAAGACAAUGUUUUUAACCCUCAGAUUUAUUUUCAAGAUUUAUCAGGGGAUUGGUUUUUUAUUGCGAAUUCUUUUACGGAUUAUUUUAGACUUAUGGUCAUGCAUUUGGGACUUCCUCAUUGGCAAUAUGCGUUUACAGAAGUUGGGCUUGAUAAUAUUUCUCAGCAGUGGUUUAGAUUUUUGUCACCUGAAAGGCUGGCAAUUGAUAUAAAAUCUAGAAAAAAACAAGUAAAAAAACAAAAAAAGCAGAAAAAAGAAGUCAAGAAGGAUAGGGUUGGGAUGCAUAAUAUUAAGAGAAGAAGGAAUGCAAGUGGGUUCUAUUCACAGCUGCCGGAAGAAGGCAGAAGUGGCAAGAAAAAAGACCAUAAAGGUAAAAAGCACCGCACAAAGGCAAAGAAAAAAGCAAAUGAGUCGAUUUCGAAAGAACCAUAA